GCUGGGUCCGUGUGGCUUGUCGGGCCAGGUCCGUCCUCAGUGCGCUGGGCGGCUUGAGUGCGAGUCUCCAUUGCCCGGCUGCAGGAUUCAGGUCCUCUGUGACUGCCGUGCCGGCUGCGUGGACAUGGACUGCGUGGAGGAAGAACCGGACCAGCCAUGGUUCCGCCCUCCUGGGGUCCAUGAGGGGAGCCCGCGUCACCUGCGUCCCCACACGUAGUGAGGGGGGGAGUUGAACUGGACGCAGUGGAUGUGAAGUCACUGACUCAGCUCCAGAACCCUUGAGGUGAGGGCAGCGAGCUGAGCACAGGGCUCCCAGCAGCUCCCGUAAGCACCUCACACUCCCGCUGGACCAGAGCGAGGCUGUGUUGUUCCAGGAGGACUGCCUGCUGCCCGCGCAGCUCACAUCUCCCCUCCACUGACGGGUGCAGCUUGGAUGCGUCAAUGCCCGCCUCUGCAGGCCGGGCAUGGCCACCUCUGUCCUGGAACCCGCGUCUCCAGCUGUGGAGGCUCCUGGGACCAAGUCUCCUCAUUUUUCUGGUGAGAACGCUCUCCUUGGGAGAUGGGCCAAGACAGUGUUGUCCUCACCUGAGUCGGAGGGAAACCACGUCAGAAGCGAUCCAUGUGGAGAAGUCAGCCCCUGAGGUCUCAGCUUUCGUGGAGGAGGCCCAGCCAAGGGUCAAGGUGCAGUCAGUGCCCAGACCAUUCUGGAGACUGCCAGCAGCUCAGCCUCCCGCAGAGCAGUGUGCCCAGCUCUGGGUUCCCCUUUCACAGGAGCCUCAGCGCAGUUCUGAUCGUGCCAUGAAGGUUUUUGUCAUCGUUUAGCGUGUUCCCACUGUUACGUUCACCAGUUUGCUGUAUUAUUUAGAUUCCACAUACACGUGGGAUCAUACAGUACUUGCCUUUCUCCCUGUCUGGCUUAUUUCACUAAGCAUGAUACCCUCCAGGUCGAUCCCUAUUGUUGCAAAUGACAAAUUUUCAUUCUUUUUUAUGGUUGAGUAGUAUUCCAUUGUAUAAAUAACACCGUAACUUCUUUAUCCAGUCCUCUGUCGAUGCACAUUUAGGUUGCUUCCACAUCUUGGCUAUUGUAAAUAGUGCUGUGAACAUUGGGGUGCAUGUGUCUUUUCAAGUUGAGUGUUUGGUUUUUUUUCAGAUAUAGACACCCAAGAGUGGGAUUGCUGGGUAAUAUGGUGGUUCUAUUUUUAGUUUUUUGAGAAACCUCCACGCUGUUUUCCAUAGUAGUUGCACCAAUAUACAUUCCCACCAACAGUGUACAAGGGUUCCCUUUUCUCCACACCCUCGCUGAUGUUUGUUAUUUGUGGUCUUUUUGAUGAUGGCCAUUCUGACAGGUGUGAGGUGAUAGCUCAGUGUGGUUUUAAUGCAUUUCUCUGAUGAUUAGUAAUGUUGAGGACCUUUUCACGUGCCUGGUUGGCCAUCUGCGUUUCCUCUUUGGAAAAAUGUUUAUUCAGGUCUUCUGCCCAUUUUUCAGGUUGUAUUCUUUUUAUUAUUAUUAUUGAAUUAUAGUCAGUUUACAAUGUUGUGUCAAUUUUCAGUGUUGAGCGCAAUUUUUCAGUUAUACAUGAACAUACGUAUAUUCAUUGUCACAUUCUUUUUCACCAUAAGCUACCACAAGAUCUUGUAUAUAUUUCCCUGUGCUACACAGUAUAAUCUUGUUUAUCUGUUCUGCAUAUGCUUGUCAGUGUCUGUGAAUUUCAAACUCCCAGUUUGUCCCCAUCCUCCUCCCCCCUGGCAACCACAAGUUUGUAUUCUAUGAGUCUGUUUCUGUUUUAUAUUUAUGUUCAUUUCUCUUUGUCUUGUCUUUUUUUUUUUUUUUUUCUUUUUUUUUUAGAUUACACGUAUGAGUGAUCUCAUAUGGUAUUUUACUUUCUCUUUCUGGCUUACUUCACUUAGAAUGACCUUCUCUAGGGACAUCCAUGUUGCUGCAGAUGGCGUUAUGUUGUUGUUUUUCAUGGCUGAAUAGCAUUCUGUUGUAUAGGUAUAGCACAUCUGGCCAGGUCAUUUUCUGAUGUUGAGUUGUGUGAGCUGUUUACAUUGUUGGAUAUUAAUCUCCUAUUGAUCGUAUCAUUUGCAGAUGUUUCCUUCCAGUAAGUAGCUUGUCUUGAUUUUGUUGGUGGUUUCUUUUGCCAUGCAAAAACUUUUUAAGUUUUAAGUUUAGUUAGGUUCCAUUUGUUUAUUUUUGUUUUAAUUUCCUUUACUUUAGAAAUUAGAACAGUUUUAAACUAGAAUAACUUUCAAGUAUAUAUGGAAAUACAGAAGACCCCAAAUAGCCAAAAUAACCGUGAGGAGGAACAGCUGGGGGAGCCACGCUCCCUGACUUCAAACUAUACCACAAAGCUACAGGCAUCAGAACAGUGUGGUGCUGGCACAAAACCAGACACAGACCAGUGGGACAGGGUAGACAGCCCAGAAGUAAACCCACACACGGGUCAGUUAACAUACAGCAAAGGAGGCAAGAAUAAUCAAUGGGGAAAAGACAGUCUCUUCAUAAGUGGUGCUGGGAAAACCAGACAGCUACUUGUAAAAGACUGAGAUUAGAGCGUUCUCUAACACCAUAUGCAAAAAUAAACUCAAAAUGGGUUAAAGGCCUAAAUGUAAGACCAGAUGCUAUAAAACUCCUAGGGGGAAGGCUCUCCUAGGCAUUCUCUUUGAAUGACCCCCGGGAGUGGGACUGAGCCCAGGGGCUUCCUCUCACCCUCCUGCGCAAGGCCAUCCGGCCUUUGAGGGCUUGCCCACGUCACGAGGGGCCAGCUGAGCGCUUGGUCGUGGAAGGCUGUUCUCCACCUCUCCGGGCACAGCGGUACAUCCUGGGACACCUUCCUCCCCGGACCACUCCAGUCUGUCCGUGUCUGGCCCUGAGCUGGUCAGAGGUGGUAAGCGGGACGCAGGGCACUAGGUGUGAGGCUGUUCUAAGCCCCGGGCGGUGUGCGUCCUCAGUGCCCGCGGCGUGCAGCUCCGUGCUGUUUUGUUUAGUCUGGGGCAAGGCCUGGGUCUCGGGCUCACCGGAACCACGUCUGCUGUGGCUGGACACCUUCUGAGUGGACCCAGCGCCCUCCCUGUCGGCCCCUGGGCACCUGCUUACAGAUGAGCUUUCUCUUUAGGCCAAUCUGGCCCUUUUAACUAAAGGUUGGUAUCAACCUCAUAUUUAUUGUUUUGUUUGAUCCUCAUACCAACCCUUAUUUGCCUAAUUUCACAGAUGGAAAAAGCAGAGAAAGGCCAAGAGAAAGACUAGGGCUGGUACUGGAUGGCCAGGCCGCUAGGCUGUGGGCCUGGGCCCGGGGCCUGACUUCUCUCACACACGUGUUCCUGGAGCCCCACCCUGCUCACCCCGCUCCUCUGACCCCCUUCCGCUGAUGCACAGGAAGGGGCAGAGAGGGCAAUUCUGUGCCACUUGGUGUCCGGGUGUCUCCUACUGGACCCGCCUGCCCAGCAGAGGCAGCGAGUUCCCAGACACGGGUGAGGUUAGCAGCUCUGCCACCCUUGGGACAGGAGCCGGGGCCUAAGAGCAGUAGGUUCAGAAAUCACCUUAGAACUCCCAGGGGAGGGGCCCGGGGGGCACGCCAGGAAGUGGGCACUUUGCACCUUCCCGGUUGGUUUGUGUUCACGUGCGCCGGUGAGAUUGCCCUGCGGGGAGCUGCCUGUUCCUGGCUGGGAGGGCCCCCCCCUCCCCGCCAGGUUUGCCAGGGGCCGUGAGCUCAUGUAAUUAAGUGAUCUGUAAGGAAGUAUUUUAGGUAUUGGAAAAACUCUAAAAAGCGAACCAGCUAGGAAAGGCAUUGGCAGUACAUAACAACAGAUGAAGGGAGUCAGGGUGGGGGAAUGCCAGGAGGAAGUAUGCAAGUUCCCUUACCUCCUGGCAGCCUGCCGCCCCCAAGCCCUUCUCCAGUCCAGACGGAGCCUUGUGUGGGCAGCAGCAUCCGUAAGCCGCUGGCUGAGAACAGAGAGGUGGGCUGAGCCCGGGUGGUGCGAGGGGGCCUGGGGCUGGGGGCUGCCGGCUCCCAGGCAGUCAGAGCCACGGUCUUUCUGCCCUUCUCUUGUCGUGUCUGGUUUUUGGAGACAAGACCCCUCCUUUCCACUGAGGAUGUGCUGGUUGGAUGAGCGACCCUGAGCACACAUCAGCAUUUAUUAACUGGCCAGCGAAGGAGCCGGCAGUGAGACAAACACAUGUCAGUUCAGAAGGGGUAUGAAAACUGGGGACAUUUGGGAAACAGAUGCUCAUUACAUAAGCGGCCUGUUUACGGGUGAGGAUGUCCGCUUCCGUUCACGGGGUCAUGGAAGCAUCAUCUGCUCCUCUGUCACGUGUCAGAGAGGAAAUCGGACGGGACAGUCCACGACACCAGGUGCUGACCGUCUCCGUGCAGGACCUUUGGGCAGGAAGUGCAGUGAACACGUCCCAGUACAACCGCAGUCACCCACAGUAAAAGCCAUGGACCGGACCGGGCCCAUGGGGAGGAUGAGCCUCAGAUGAGCUGCAACGUGGCCGGCAUCCAGGUGCACAUGGUAGCAGAGCCUUGGCCGCUGGGGGCGCGCUCCUCGCCGUCCGUGAUGCCGUGGAUGUGAACCGGUGUCAGCGGGCCUCACCAGACAAGUUUCUCCACUUCUUCCUCGUGCUGAGUGCAUGGCCUUGGGCGGGUCACCUCUCCUUCCUGGGCCUCCAUGAUCUUCAUCCAUGAAAGAGGUCUGAGUCCAGCUCCCCAGAAGCUUGGCUCCGUCCAGAGGGAAGCAGGGAGGUGGGUCCUGCAACCCCUUCCUCCAGGGAAACUGCCCUAAAGAUCUCCCAAGCCCUUCUGGGGCUGGUGAGAUGGGCCUUUCCCUUGGGAAGGGUGGGGAUGGGGCUGCCCCCAGGAGACACAGAGGGGCCCCUGGGGGAAAGGCUGCUCUAGAAUCUCCCUAUUAUCUGCCCCUGGGGGCUUCAUGCUCUGGUGUUGAGGACGCCCUGGAGGGGCUUUUAUAGGAGAAAAGGGAAGACCACCAGCCAGCCAGAGUUAGAAGGUAAACCCCUGAGCUGAUCUACGAUUGGAUUUAGGGGUAACUGCCUGGAGCGUCGGGAAGGGGAUCUCGUGUGGGACGGUUUCAGGAAGGAGUCUCCUUCCCUGUGAGAUGUUUCCUAGACCAGAGGCUGAUGUGUCAAUUUCAAGUAACUGUCUCAUGUUUGGCUUCAAAUUUGGUCUUUUCUCCUACCUUGUUCACUAUUCAAGACUGUUAAGCACCUGCAGGAACAUGGUUACUGUGCUGACCCCUGGGGAUACAGCAGUGAGGGGAAGAGGCGUGGCCCUGCCCUCUUGGGGUGUACACUGCUGACAAGAUUGUGAUAAACACACUUCAAGUGUGAUCAGUGCUGCAGAAGAGAUGAACAAUGUUAUUGCUGUGGGGGGUGGUGUGACAGGGGUGACAGGGCCAAAGUCAGGAAAAGAUGCGUGGACAUCGACCAGGUUAAGAAAGAAGGGGAGAGUAUUCUAAGAGUGGGACUAGCAUGUGCAAAGGCCCCGUGGCAGGAACACGCAGCAGUGGAGGCAACAAAGAUGUGACAGUCAUUCUCUUUUCCAACAGUUUGCUUUUUGUAGCCCAUUAGCCAGUUUCUGAAGUUACUGUGUUUAUACUUUUACUCAUUAUUCUACUCACCUCACUAAAUGUCAUCUCUCUCAAACCAGGGAUCUCACUGUCUUGUUAAUUUUGUCCCUAGCUCCUAGGACAGUGCCUGGCAGAGUGGGUCCUCAACAAAUGUGGCAAAUGAUGAUGAUGGUGGAGGUGGUGGUGAUGGUACUGGCAAUGGCGAUGGUGGUGGUGGUGAUGAGGAUGUUGGUGAUGAUAAUGAUGGAGGUGAUGGUGGUGGUGGUUAUGAUACUGGCAACAGUGAUGGUGACGGUGAUGAUAUUGGUGGUGGUGGUGAGGAUGGUGAUGAUAUUGGUGAUGGUGGUAAGGAUGAUGGUGAUGAUAUUGGUGGUGGUGGUGGUGACAGUGGUGGUGGUGGUGAGGACGAUGGUGAUACUGAUAAUGGUGGUGGUGGUGGUGAGGAGGAUGUUGGUGAUGAUAAUGAUGGAGGUGAUGGUGGUGGUGGUUAUGAUACUGGCGACUGUGAUGGUGGUGACGGUGAUGAUAUUGGUGGUGGUGGUGAGGAUGGUGAUGGUGGUGGUGGUGAUGAUACUGAUGGUGGUGGUGGUGAGGAUGAUGGUGGUGGUGGUGAUAAUGGUGAUGGUGGUGGUGAGGAGAAUGUUGGUGAUAAUGACGGAGGUGAUGGUGGUGGUUAUGAUACUGGCGAAGGUGAUGGUGGUGACGGUGAUGAUAUUGGUGAUGGUAGUGGUGAUAUUGGUGAUGGUGGUGGUGGUGGUGGUGGUGAGGACGAUGGUGAUGAUAUUGGUGGUGGUGGUGAGGAUGAUGGUAGUGGUGGUGGUGACGGUGAUAUUGUCUGUGUCUCAGGUGGACAUAUAUUGUGCACAUCUCUUGUGCUGUCAUACUUCCAAGAAUCUCAUAUGUGUGAACUCGCAGCCACCUAUGAGGAGACUAAAGCAGCUUUCUGAUUUCUCACAGGAGGUGGGACUGUGGAGAUGCAGCCUGACUAGAAGCAGGUCCACCUCCGUGGCUGGUCCUCCCAUCCCGGGAGGCAAGCAUCUUCUCCCGAGACUCCGGGGCUGGGUGCCCAGAGGGUCUGAAGCUCACCUCUGGCAGCUCUGCCACCCCCAGCCCCAGGAGGCGGAGGCCCCGGGGAUCCUCGGAGCAGGGGGACCGAGGGGACACGGCACCAUGAGCAUCAGCGAGGUCGUGCAGCGGGCCAGAGCCGCCUUCAACUCGGGCAAGGCUCGCCCGCUGCAGUUCCGCAUCCAGCAGCUGGAGGGGCUGCGGCGCAUGAUCCGCGAGCGCGAGAAGGACCUCGUGGGCGCGCUGACCGCCGACCUCCACAAGAACGAGUGGAACGCCUACUACGAGGAGAUUGUGUACAUCCUGGAGGAGAUCGACUAUGUGAUCCAGAAGCUCCCCGAGUGGGCUGCAGACGAGCCCGUGGAGAAGACGCCCCAGACCCAGCAGGAUGAGCCCUACAUCCACUCGGAGCCCCUGGGCGUGGUUCUUGUCAUCGGCGCCUGGAACUACCCCUUCAGCCUCACCAUCCAGCCCAUGGUGGGCGCCAUUGCUGCAGGGAACGCGGUGCUCAUCAAGCCCUCGGAGCUGAGUGAGAACACGGCGAGCCUGCUGGCCGCCGUCAUCCCGCAGUACCUGGACAAGGAUCUGUACGCGGUCAUCUGCGGGGGCGUCCCCGAGACCACAGAGGUGCUCAAGGAGAGGUUCGACCACAUCCUGUGCACCGGGAGCACUGCAGUGGGGAAGAUCGUCAUGGCGGCUGCGGCCAAGCACCUGACCCCCGUCACACUGGGGCUGGGGGGGAAGAACCCCUGCUACGUGGACAAGGACUGUGACCUGGACAUUGCCUGCAGACGUAUCGCCUGGGGGAAAUUCAUGAACAGCGGCCAGAACUGCGUGGGCCCCGACUACAUCCUCUGUGACCCCUCCAUCCAGAACCAAAUCGUGGAGAAGCUCAAAAAGUCCCUGAAAGAGUUCUAUGGGGAGGACGCCAAGAAGUCCCGCGACUACGGGAGAAUCAUUAACUGCCAGCACUUCCAGAGGAUCAUGGGCUUGAUGGAGGGCCAGAAGGUCGCCCACGGAGGCGCCGGGGAUGCGGCCACCCGGUACAUAGCCCCCACCAUCCUCAUGGAUGUGGACCCGCAGUCCCAGGUGAUGCAGGAGGAGGUCUUCGGGCCCAUAAUGCCCAUCGUGUGUGUGCGCGGCCUGGAGGAGGCCAUCCAGUUCAUCAACCAGCGCGAGAAGGCCCUGGCCCUCUACGUGUUCUCCCUGAACGACAAGGUGAUUAAGAAGAUGAUCGCAGAGACAUCCAGUGGUGGGGUGACAGCCAACGACAUCAUGGUCCACAGCACCGUGCACUCUCUGCCCUACGGGGGCGUGGGGAGCAGUGGCAUGGGGUCCUACCGCGGCUGGGAGAGCUUCAAGACCUUCUCCCACCGCCGCUCCUGCCUGGUGAGGCCUCUGCUGAACGAGGAGUCCCUCAAAGCCAGAUACCCACCGAGCCCGGCCAAGAUGCCCCGUCACUGAAACUCUGCCGUGGCCUUGCCGAACUGCACCCUCGCCCGCACGCCAGCCCUCGAAUGGUCACUCCUGGGUCCCCCCUCCUUGCUCUGUGUGCAUCAGUGCAGCCCCUGCUCCCAUGGCGGGGGCCUCGCCUCCCGGAGCCCCACCCUGAGCUAGACAUAGAGACCAAUAAAAGCU